CACACUCCCUUCCGAAACGUCGCCAAAAUGGCCGCCGUUCAAGCCACGAAGGAGGCCCUGGCUCCGACACAGCAGGCGGGCACUUUCAAGAUCGAGAACACCGAGAAGCGUGAUACAUUGAUGGCCAGCGAGAAGAAGUACCAAAAACUAUGGGCCGACCGCAAGAUCUUUGAGCAGAACGCACCCACUCUCGAGGAUGUGCCGUUCCACUCCAUCACACCCGCCGAGCUGCGGAAGAAGGUCCCCAAAUACAUGGUCACCAUGGCGUAUCCAUACGUGAACGGGACUCCUCAUGCUGGCCAUUCUUUCACGGCGAGCAAGCUGGAGUUCGCUGUAGGUUGGGCACGAAUGCAAGGAAAGCGGGCUCUUUACCCACAAGGAUUCCACUGCACCGGUAUGCCGAUCAAGGCGUGCGCCGACAAGCUGGUCCGCGAGAUCGAGAACUUUGGACAAAACUUCGAGAACUGCCCCGUCGACGCUGUCAAGGACGAGAACAAAGACGCCUCACCCCCAGCGCCCACCCAGCAGGUCACCAAGGAGGAUGUUACCAAGUUCUCCGCGAAGAAGUCGAAGGUCAAUGCGAAGACAAAUGUCGCCUUGAAGUACCAAUUCCAGAUUAUGCUUGCUCAGGGAAUUCCGAUUGAAGAGAUUCACAAGUUCGCAGAGCCGCAACAUUGGCUACAAUACUUCCCUCCUCUAUGGAAGCGCGAUUUGGACAACAUGGGAUGCCGUGUGGACUGGAGACGAUCGAUGGUCACGACUGAUGCCAACCCAUACUACGACGCCUUUGUGAGAUGGCAGGUCAAUCGUCUGAAGGAGCUGGGCAAGAUCAAGUUUGGCAAGAGAUACACUGUCUACUCACCCAAGGAUGGACAGGCAUGCAUGGACCACGACAGAGCGUCUGGAGAAGGAGUAGGAGUUCAGGAAUACACCGCCAUCAAACUUGGAGUCAAGGAGUGGGCCGAGGCAGCCAAGAGCAAGGUCGAGGGCAAGGUUCCGGAGGGCGGAGUGGUCUACUUUGUGCCUGCGACUCUACGACCAGAAACGAUGUACGGACAGACAUGCUGCUUUGUCGGACCUGCUAUCACCUACGGUAUCUACGAGGUCGUCAAGGGCAAGGAGUACUACUUCAUCUCGGAUCGUGCUGCGAGGAACAUGGCCUUCCAGAGCAUAUUUCCAACAUGGGGAGAGUUUCCCAAGGUCGCAGAGCUUCAGGGCUCGGAUGUCAUUGGUACCCUUGUCAACGCACCAUCCUCGUUCAUGAAGGAAGGUGUGCGCAUCCUUCCCAUGGAGACCGUCAAGGCCUCUAAGGGUACCGGUGUCGUAUCUUGCGUACCAUCAGAUUCCCCUGACGAUUAUGCCACCAUCAUGGACCUGAGCAAAAAGGCCGAGUACUACAAGAUCAAGAAAGAAUGGGUCGACUUUGAAAUCCUGCCCAUCAUCGAGACUCCUUCUUACGGCAACUUGACCGCCAAGUUCCUGGUCGAAUCGAUGAAGAUCAACUCGCCCAAGGAUGCGAAGCAAUUGGCCGAGGCCAAGGACCUUGCCUACAAGGAAGGCUUCUACAAGGGAAAGAUGAUUUACGGAGAAUUUGCGGGGAGGAGUGUUGAGGAAGCCAAGCCGUUGGUCCGCCAACAAAUGAUUGAUGCGAAGGACGCUUUCGCUUACGCCGAGCCAGAUGGUCAAGUUGUCAGCCGAUCAGGAGACGAAUGUGUCGCUGGCCACCUCGACCAAUGGUUCAUGAACUACGGCACUCCCGAGAAGUCUGGUGAUCCCGAGUGGCAACCCACUGUUCUUAAGCAUGUGAUGAAUGAGAAUGGCAAUGGCUUGAAUCUCUUCACAACAGAAGCCAAGAACUCCUUCGAGCAGGUCUUGUUCUGGCUCGCACAAUGGGCAUGUGCUCGAAGCUACGGUCUGGGUACCAAGCUGCCCUGGGACCAGAGCCAGCUUGUCGAGAGUCUGUCCGACUCGACCAUCUACAUGUCAUACUACACGAUCGCACACUUCCUACACAAAGACAUCUUUGGCAAGGAGAAGGGCAUUGGAAAUAUUGCACCUGAAGAGAUGACGGACGAGAUCUGGGACUGGCUAUUCUGCCGAGCAGAGACGAUCCCUCAAGGAACCACCAUCAAAGAGGAGACUUUGCACCGCAUGCGUCGGGAAUUCGAGUACUGGUACCCUCUUGAUCUCCGUGUCUCCGGCAAGGAUCUGAUCCAAAACCACUUGACCUUCUUCCUGUACGUUCACAUUGCUCUCUUCCCUCCAGAGUACUGGCCACGCGCGGUCCGCGCCAACGGGCAUUUGCUUCUCAACGGAGAGAAGAUGUCCAAGUCGACCGGAAACUUCCUCACACUCUACGAUGCAACGGCCAAGUUCGGCGCAGAUGCCACGCGUAUCGCACUUGCAGACGCUGGAGACAGCAUCGAGGACGCUAACUUCGACGAGUCUGUGGCGAACAGCAAUAUUCUCCGCAUGUACGAGCUCCGACAAUGGUGCGAGAGUGUCAUCAACGACGCUCGUCUGCUCAAGGACGGCGAGACCUACGCCCAGAUCACGAAGAGCGAGCGCCACAAGAACAACGACUCGGUCAUGCGCACUGGUGAGAAGAUGUUCUGGGACGAGCUUUUCGAGAACGAGAUCAACGGUCUUGUCCGUGAGGCUGGCAAGCAAUACGAUGCGACCAACUACAAAGCCGCCCUCAAGAGUGGCCUGUACGAUUUCACCAUCGCUCGCGACUUCUACCGCGAAGCGACCAAAGCAGCCGGUAUUGGCAUGCACUUUGACCUCGUCAAGCGCUACGUCGAGCUGCAGGCUCUGAUGGUCACAGUCGUCGCUCCCCACUGGGCGGAACACAUCUGGCUCGAGGUUCUCAAGAAGGACGAUUCGGUGCAGAACGCUCUCUUCCCGGAGGUGCCUGAUCAGCAGCCCAACCUCACCGCUGCUCGCGAGUACGUCCGCAACACCAGCAGCAACAUCACCUCUGCGGAAGGCGCACAGCUCAAGAAGAUGCAAAAGGGCAAGCAGACUUCGUACGACCCGAAGAAGGACAAGAAGCUCUCCAUAUUCUGCGCAAGAAAUUACCCUGCGUGGCAAGACGGCAUCAUCGAUAUCGUUCGUCAAAACUUCGUGGACAUGAAGCUCGACGUCAGCGCAGUGUCGAAGUCCAUCCCGAAGGCGGAAAGCAAGAAAGCCAUGCCGUUCGUGCAAGUGUUGAAGAAGUCUCUUGAGACGGGCAUCGAGCCGAGCACAGUGUUCGAGAGGAAGCUAGCCUUUGAUGAGGUGAAGGUGCUGUUGGAGAUGGUCGCCGGUCUGCAACAGAUUGUGCAGAAAUGUGCUGUGGUGGAGGUUGUCGUCGUGGAGGAUGAGGGCAAGAAGGGAAGUGUUGCAGGAGGCAGCGAGGGUGUCAAGCAGGGUGAGGAGAGGACAGCAUUGCCGCAGAGUGCGGAGAAUGCGGUUCCGGGUCAGCCGACUUUCUUCUUCGAGAAUGUCUGA